GGAGUCUUGCUCUGUCGCCCAGGCUGGAGUGCAGUGGCGCAGUCUCGGCUCACUGCAAGCUCCGCCUCCCGGGUUCACGCCAUUCUCCUGCCUCAGCCUCUCCGAGUAGCUGGGACUACAGGCGCCCGCCACCGCGCCCGGCUUAUUUUUUUUUUUUAUACAUUUAGUAGAGACAGGGUUUCACCAUGGUCUCGAUCUCCUGACCUCGUGAUCCGCCCGCCUCGGCCUCCCAAAGUGCUGGGAUUACAAGCGUGAGCCACUGCGCCCGGCCAAGUCUUGUACUGAUUUUCAAAGGGAAUACUUCCAGCUUUUACUCACUCAAUAUGAUAUUGGCUAUGGGUUUGUCAUAAAUAGCUCUUAUUAUUUUCAGAUGUGUUCCAUCAAUACCUAGUUUAUUGAGAGUUUUUAACAUGAAGGAAUCUUAAAUUUUAUCAAAGGCCUUUUCUGUAUUUAUUGAGAUAAUCAUGUGGUUUUUGUCUUUGGUUCUGUUUGUGUGAUGGAUUACGUUUAUUGAUUUGCAUAUGUUGAACCAACCUCAUAUCCCAGGGAUGAAGCCAACUUGAUCAUGGUGGAUAGGUUUUUUGAUGUGCUGCUGGAUUCAGUUUGCUAGUAUUCUAUUGAGGGUUUUCGCAUCAAUGUUCAUCAGGGAUAUUAGCCUGAAGGUUUCUUUUUUUUUUUUUUUUUUUUUUGUCUCUCUUCCCAGUUUUGGUACCAGGAUGAUGCUGGCUUCAUAAACUGAGUUAUUGAGGAGUCCCUCCUUUUCAGUUGUUUGGAAUAGUUUCAGAAGGAAUGUUACCAGCUCCUCAUUGUACUUCUGGUAGAGUUCAGCUGUGAAUCCAUCUGGUCAUGGGCAUUUUUUGGUUGGUAGGCUAUUAUUGCCUCAAUUUCAGAACUUGUUAUUGGUCAAUUCAGGGAUUCGACUUCUUCCUGGUUUAGUAUUGGGAGGGUGUAUGUGUCCAGGAAUUUAUCCAUCUCUUCUGGAUUUUCUAGUUUACUUGUGUAGGGAUAUUUAUGGUAUUCUCUGGUGGUAGUUUGUAUUUCUGUAAGGUCAGUGGUGAUAUCCCCUUUAUCAUUUUUUAUUGUGUCUAUUUGAUUCUUUUCUCUUUUCUUCUCUAUUAAUCUAGCUAGUGGUCAAUCUAUUUUGUUAACUUUUUCAAAAAACUAGCUCCUGGGUUCAUUUAUUUUUUGGAGGAUUUUUCAUGUCUCUAUCUCUUUCAAGUCUGCUCUGAUCUUGGUUAUUUCUUGUCUUCUGCUAACUCUUGGAUUAGUUUGCUCUUGCCUCUCUAGCUCUUUUAAUUGUAAUGUUAGGGUGUUGAUUUGAGAUUUUUCUAGCUUUCUGUUGUGGGCAUUUAGUGCUAUAAAUUUCCCUCUUAACACUGCUUUACCUGCAUCCCAGAGAUUCUGGUACAUUGUCUCUUUGUUCUCAUUUGUGUCAAAGAACUUCUUGAUUUCUGCCUUAAUUUCAUUAUUUUCCCAGGAAUCAUGCAGGAGCAGGUUCUUUAAUUUCCAUGUAAUUGUGUGGUUUUGAGUGAGUUUCUUAAUCGUGAGUUCUAAUUUGGUUGCAAUGUGAUCUGUGAGACUGUUUGUUGUGAUUUCAGUUAUUUUGUAUUUGCUGAAGAGUGUUGGCAUGGGGAGGAGGCUGAGGCCGCAGCUUGAGUGAGGGAGGCCCUGGCCCCUCUGCACCUGUGUCUGGCAGAGCUGGUGUGAGACGAGACAAUCCUGCGCCACCGCUGAGAUAGUUAAGAGUUUUGGCCGGACCUUUGAGCAUACACUGAGAGAGUGAGGAGCCAGACGACAAGCACACACUAUGGCGCUGAAACGGAUUAAUAAGGAACUUAGUGAUUUGGCCUGUGACCCUCCAGCACAAGGUUCUGCAGGUCCAGUUGGGGAUGAUAUGUUUCAUUGGCAAGCCACAAAUAUGGGACCUAAUGACAGCCCAUAUCAAGGCAGUGUAUUCUUUUUGACAAUUCAUUUUCCUACAGACUACCCCUUCAAACCACCUAAGGUUGCAUUUACAACAAGAAUUUAUCAUCCAAAUAUUAACAGUAAUGGCAGCAUUUGUCUUGAUAUUCUAAGAUCACAGUGGUCACCUGCUUUAACAAUUUCUAAAGUUCUUUUAUCCAUUUAUUCACUGCUAUGUGAUCCAAACCCAGAUGACCCCCUAGUGCCAGAGAUUGCAUGGAUCUAUAAAACAGACAGAGAUAAGUACAACAGAAUAUCUCAGGAAUGGACUCAGAAGUAUGCCAUGUGAUGCUACCUUAAAGUCAGAAUAGCCUGCAUUAUAGCUGGAAUAAACUUUAAAUUACUGUU